GCGGCCGAGGGCGCAUGCGCGGGGGCGCUGCGCGGUGCGCGCGGCCCGUGGCCGUUGGCGGCGGCGCGCGGCCAUGACCGACUACAGCGAGGAGCAGCGCAACGAGCUGGAGGCCCUCGAGUCCAUCUACCCGGACUCGUUCACGGUGUUGUCAGAAAAGCCUACAACUUUCACAAUCACUGUGACAUCUGAAGCAGGGGAAAAUGAUGAAAUUGUUCAGACCACUCUUAAAUUUACCUAUAGAGAAAAAUAUCCUGACGAAGCUCCGCUUUAUGAAAUAAUUUCCCAGGAGAAUCUUGAAGAUAAUGAUGUCACAAACAUAAUAAAACUACUAGAACAACAGGCAGAAGAAAAUUUGGGAAUGGUAAUGAUCUUCACUCUAGUCUCAGCAGUACAGGAGAAAUUAAAUGAAAUAGUGGAUCAAAUAAAAACACGAAGAGAAGAAGAAAAGAAACAGAAAGAACUAGAAGCAGAAGAAGAAGAGAAGCAACGAUUUCAUGGCACUCCUGUUACAAUUGAGAAUUUCCUAAAUUGGAAAGCAAAAUUUGAUGCAGAACUUCUAGAAAUAAAAAGGAAAAAAAUGAAAGAAGAAGAACAAGCUGGCAAAAAUAAAUUAAGUGGAAAACAGCUAUUUGAAAUGGAUCACAAUCUUGACACAUCUGACAUCCAGUUCUUGGAGGAAGCUGGAAACAGUGUGGAGGUUGAUGAAUCUUUAUUCCAAGAAAUGGAUGAUUUAGAGUUGGAAGAUGAAGAGGAUGACCCUGACUACAACCCUGUUAAUUUAGAUAGUGAUUAGACUUUUUUUGAACUGGAUAUGUCAUUGAUAUGGACAUAUGUAAGGAAGAGAGACAGGCAGCAAAGCCACAGCAUCUGUGGUUGUACCUUGAGUGCAUUGGAUUUCUUUCUUUUUUUUUUCAAAGGAAAAAUAUUUUAAAUGCAGGAGAAUGCUCUUCUGAUGACUUUCAUCAUAAAUAAAUUGACUUUAAUAUUUCAAAUGAGAAAAUCGAGGGAUGUCGAUCUGUCUGAAAAUACAUACUUCUUUUUCUUCUUUAUUUUUUCUUUCCCACUUCAGUAUCUGUCUUUUGAAGAGAAAUGACAACAAGCAAGAUGGAAAGAUAUUAGAGCAAGCACUAAACAACUGCACUUGAAGACUGAGCAGCUUUUCUGCUGUCUUCCACUUAGGAUGGGAAGUUGGGCUGCCCCAGAUACGGGCAGUAUCAGUGAAUAAAAGGGAUCACAACAUAUGCAGUUAAUCUUUUAUGUGUGUGUGUAGAAUUCUAUAAUGCUUCUAGAAAAGGUCAGUUUUGAGCCUCAACCUGUCAUAUUUAUAAACAGCUGUAAAUAGGCAGCAAUAGUCACCUUUGAAUAAGG